GUUUUUUGCUGAACAGUAGGAAAGAGAAGAGAGCGAAGUGAACACACGCCUUUCCAGAAGGACACCCACUCCAGAAGCUUCUACCAGGCCACCAUCAUGCUGUCUGCAUGGCUGUUACUCUCCCUCUGCACAAUAGCCUUCCAGCUGGUGAGCAACAGCAAGACCUUCUAUCGAGUGGAUGAGCCUCGGACCUGGAAAGAGGCCAUGUGGUAUUGCCAGGAACAUUACACAGACCUUGCCGACCUGCAGAGCAUGAACAACCUCGUGAGCAUCAUGGUAGUCUACUCCUACACCAGCAGCAUCCACGCGUGGAUCGGCCUCUUCUAUGAUGUGCGCAUCUCUGGCCUGAGCUGGUCUAGUGGCUCCAUCUUUACUAUGCCAACAUGGACUACUACGAUGCCUGUCUUCCGGGAUGGACUCUGUGCUACUCUGUAUUCAUGGUACAGUCUACCUGCCCUGGGAGCUGCCUCCUGUACAAACCAGAAGCCCUUCAUUUGCUAUUUAGACCCUGCUAUAGGACACCGCACCUCCGUGGUGUCCCCUGUCAAGGACCUGACCACUCUUCCAGAGGAAGCUGAGGUCAAGAUUGGUGGACAGACCUUCAUUCGGAUUAAACAAACCAUGACAUGGCUCUCGGCUCUGAACUACUGUCGCAACCACUACACAGACCUGGCCGAUCUGCAGAGAGUGACCAACGAGGACAAAGAAGCUCUCAAGUUCAUCAUAAAUGAUGAUGAUGCCUGGAUUGGCCUCUACUUCAAUGUAAAGAUCAAAAAUCUGACCUGGUCCAGUGAUCAGGGUUCCAGCAUCCCUGAGUGGCUACAGGACUUGCCUAUCUUUGGUCAAGGACUGUGUGCAGGACUCCGUACCUUUGCAAAUCAUCCACCUCAGAUUUAUGCUGUUCUUUGUCCUAAACUGAAACCUUUUAUCUGUUUCUAUGGUAUGUGA